CAUUUAAGGUAUAUAAACGCAUCCUGUCUAGCUUUAUUAUGUGCUCAGAUUCGUCAGAGCAGCGCCCAAGGUAAAACGAUGUUCUCAGCAGUCUCCUUCUUGCUACUCGCCACGUUAAUUGGAACGGCGUCAAGUCAGUAUCCAUGGGGACAAUCGGUAUGCAGACUGCCUGCCGAUCCCGGGAAUUGCAAGGCAUAUAUGCCGAUGUACUUCUUUAACGCAUACACUUGCACAUGCGAAAUAUUUAUCUACGGCGGUUGUGGCGGAAACGGAAACAGAUUCGAUACGUUUGAAGAGUGCAUGACCCGCUGCGAGCGCACGUGUACAACGAUGUUCUUAGCAGUCUCCUUCUUGCUACUCGCGACGUUAAUCGGAACGGCGUCCAGUCAGUAUCCAUGGGGUGAAUCGGUAUGCAAACUGCCUGCUGAGACAGGGCCUUGCGACGCAGUGAUUCCGAAGUACUUUUUCAACACAUCCACUUGCACAUGCGAACUAUUCAUCUACGGCGGUUGCGGCGGAAACGGAAAUAGAUUCGAGACGUAUGGAGAGUGCAUGAAUCGCUGCAAGCGCACUUUAUGCUAUCUGCCUUCUGAUUCCGGGUAUUGUUACGGGUACUUCCCGAUGUACUUCUUCAAACACAUUCACUCGCAGAUGCGAACUAUCAUCUACGGCGGUUGCGGCGGAAACGGAAACAGAUUCAAGACGUAUGGAGAAUGCAUGAACCGCUGCAAGAGCACUUGCUAUUACAAAUAG